AAAGUUAUAAACGCCACACUCACUCACUAAUUCUUCCACAAAAUCAAAUCAAAUCAAAUCCCUUUCUCUCGAAAUCGAAAAUGGUGAAGUUGGCGUCGGCCCGAGAAACCCGCACGUACGGGUCGAGAGUGUCCCGGAACCGGGCGGAGUACAUGAAUGCGGGCCUCUACGUCUUCGCCACGAUCCUCCUCGUGGGAGGCUUCGUCGCCCAGUUCUCCGGCGAGCCCCGAUCCGGCCUCGUGCUACUCCUCUUGGGAUUUUUCGCGGUUAUAAUUGUGAACGUGCACGAUCUCUUUGCUCAUCUCGCCGCCAUCGAUUACCGGCUGCCCUUGAUGGAGUACGAUCUGCAGCUCGCCCUCGUCGAGUUCGCCGUGCCCCUCGUUUACACCAUUGGCACCAUUCUUCUAUUCGUCGCCACACUUUUUCUUUUCGUGCAGGCAGAAAAAGGAUAUGGAAUCUUCAUAUUGGAGAAGCAUGCUUUAAGCAUGUUCAUUGCUGGUCCAGUCCUAUGGCUGAUUGGAUCAAUCCAUAACUCGUGUCAGAUCUACGAGAGGUCGGAUGCACAUCUUCAAAUCUUGCAGGAGGCUGUUCUUAUUCCUUUCUUGCUGGCGAGCUUGUUAUUUGUAGUCGGUGCAGUUAUUAAUUGUCAAGAGCACGAUGGGUCCAUUCACCACGGCUUGGAAUUGCUGGGCGAGACAUGCAUAUGGUUGUGUAUAAUUGGAAGCUCGGUACUUUUCAUUGGGGCGAUAGCGAAUGUAGUAAAAGUGUUCAAGAUGCAACAGCAUAAUGGGCUGAGACUAGAGAAGCUGCGAGGUGGAGCACAAGAGAGGCUUAUUGAAAUAAGAGAGGGGCAUGUGCCACUCAUUUCGGAAGAUUCUAGAAGACGAAGGUUGUUGGACGCACAAAAUUCUAGAAAAGAAACAGCAGGGGAUGUGGAAAAGGGUCCGGCAACGAAGCUGCCCACGCCUUACAAAGAUGUUCUUAUUUCUCAAAAAUGCAAGGGGAUUUUGUCGGUGGCCUUAGGAAGGCCCUGCUACGCUCAUUCUCUCUUUGGUUCACUCUAGCUCACCACUUUCGCCAUUUGUAGUGUAAUAAUGGAAGUGAGUUGUCGUAGUUAAUGGAAACAUAUUACUCUUUUUUUUUUUUCCUUUU